AUUAGUAUGUGGAUAGGCUCCACAUUGAAAUAAGCGUAGAACAGAGGAAGCUCAGUCGCUCAGAGGUCAUAUGUCCUCCAUACUGUGAUUUACUGUUGGAUCCAUCAAAAUUCUUAUUCUUAUACCAACGAUUCACAUAUCGACCUAGAGUUGACUAGACCUGAAGAUUCAUGGAGCUCAAGCCUGGCCUAUCGGCCUUGGUCACCGGCGGCGCCUCCGGAAUCGGUAGAGCACUUUGUUUGGCACUUGCACAGAAGGGAGUUUUCCUCACCGUUCUUGACUUUUCCGUGGCAGAGAAGGGAAACGAAGUAGCAUCUCUGGCAGAGAAAGAGAUCUCCAAAUUCCAUUCUGAACUGGAGAUUCAGCCUGCCACAUUCAUCAGAUGUGAUGUUACUAACAGAGGAGAACUAAAAGCUGCUUUCCAGAAGCACGUUGAAACUUAUGGAGGACUGGAUAUCUGCAUUAACUCUGCAGGAUUGGCUAGUAAUGUGCCUUUUUAUCAAGAUAAAACUGAUGGAGACAAUACUUGGAGGCACACACUUAAUGUUAACCUUGUUGCUGUUAUUGAUUGCACUAAGUUUGCUAUCCAAAUAAUGCAAACCACAGGAAAGCCUGGUGUGAUCAUAAACUUAGGAUCUGCUUCAGGACUGUAUCCUAUGUACACAGACCCUAUCUAUUCGGCUUCAAAAGGAGGUGUUGUUAUGUUCACUAGAUCACUGGCUCCAUACAAGCGUCAAGGAAUACGAGUGAACGUUCUUUGCCCUGAGUUUGUGCAAACAGACCUUGCUUCAAAGGUGAAUCAAGAUUUUAUUAAUCAAAUAGGAGGGUAUUUGCCAAUGGAUAUGGUGGUGAAAGGUGCCUUUGAACUUAUCACUAAUGAGAACAAGGCAGGGUCAUGUCUGUGGAUUUCAAAACGUAGAGGAAUGGAGUAUUGGCCAACUCCAGCUGAAGAAGCAAAAUAUAUUGUGCACUCUUCGAAAUUGAAGAGAAUAUCUUCAACUUUUGUCACACCGAAAUUUCAAAUUCCACAAAGCUUUGAGAAGAUAGUUGUUCAUACCCUGAGUCACAACUUUCGAAGUGCUACCAGAAUUAUGCGAGUUCAAUUGAAGUUGCCUCUCAAACCAGACCACGUUCUUUUCAAAGUUGUAUAUGCUGGUGUCAAUGCUAGUGAUGUCAAUUUUAGCUCUGGUCGUUACUUCAGUGGGGAUAAAGAUCUUGCUUCCCGCCUUCCCUUUGAUGCUGGAUUUGAGGCUGUAGGGAUAGUUGCUGCUGUUGGUGAUUCUGUGAGUAAUUUGAAGGUUGGCACUCCGGCUGCCAUUAUGACAUUUGGUGGCUUUGCUGAAUUCGUCAUGGCAAAUGCCAAACACAUCCUUCCAAUUCCGAGACCAGAUCCGGAAGUAAUUGCAAUGCUUACAUCUGGACUCACGGCAUCGAUUUCUUUAGAAAAGGCUGCUCAAAUGGAAUCAGGAAAAGUGGUUCUUGUUACUGCUGCUGCUGGAGGGACAGGGCAGUUUGCAGUGCAGCUUGCUAAGUUAGCUGGAAAUACAGUAGUUGCAACAUGCGGAGGUAGUGAAAAGGCCAAUCUCUUGAGAGACUUGGGAGUUGAUCGUGUAAUUGACUACAAGAAGGAAGCUAUAAAAUCUGUUCUGAAGAAGGAGUUCCCAAAAGGAGUUGAUAUUGUCUACGAGUCUGUUGGUGGUCCAAUGUUUGACUUAUGCCUAAAUGCUUUGGCAGUGUAUGGGCGACUUGUUGUCAUUGGAAUGAUCUCUCAGUAUCAAGGAGAGCAUGGCUGGAAACCACAAAAUUACCCUGGAUUAUGCGAAAAGCUUUUAGCUAAAAGUCAAACUGUGGCUGGUUUUUUCCUGGUACAAUAUGUUCAUCUGUGGCAUGAGCAUUUGAGUAGGUUGAUACAUUUAUUUUCCUCUGGAAAGCUAAAAGUUGCCAUUGAUCCAAAAACGUUUGUGGGACUUAAUUCUGUUGCUGAUGCUGUUGAGCAUCUCCAUUCAGGCAAUAGCACUGGCAAGGUUGUGGUUUGCAUAGACCCUUCUUUCAGCCAACAAGUCUCAAAACUGUAAACUUGAAAGCAACACUUCAAACAAGAUUUGGAGUAUGUUGUUACUCCGUAAUGAUUAGUAUCACAACAAAAACAAUAAUAUUCAUAAUAAAAGUUGCAACGGCCAUCAAUGGCGCUUCUAUAGCUGCAUGCCUGCAUGUAUAGUUGUUGAGAGAAAAGUACUAGCAUUGUUCUAGUGCCAAUAGGGUAACCCAAAACUAAAAUGAUGAUAGCAAAGAGCAAUGAUAACUUUGAGCUUUAUUUUGUU